GUAUUCAAUCAUUUACGCAACAACGUAAACAUCCAAUGUCACCGUACGUCGUCGGUGACGUUUUUUGUGACGCAGAUUCGUCGCCUCAUCUUUCUUGCACAGACCGGGGUGUAGUUGGUUAAGACGAGGAGCACCAGGAGGCUUCAGAGAGGUUCAUCAUGGCGAAUCAGAUGGAGAUCAUAACCAAGGUUCUGGAGCAGUCGGCCAAGCUGGUGGAGGAGCAGGUCGAUGCACAGUUGAGCAAACUGAAUGAAAUGGAGGAAGAUGAGUUGGAAAGACUGAAAGAAAGGCGAUUGGAGGCGCUUAAAAAAGCCCAGAAACAGAAACAGGAAUGGUUGUCUAAAGGCCAUGGAGAAUACAGAGAAAUCCCCAGUGAGAAAGACUUUUUUGAGGAGGUCAAGCAAAGCAAGAAUGUGAUCUGCCAUUUUUAUAGAGAUUCCACCUUCAGAUGUAAGAUUCUUGACAAGCACUUGGCCAUCCUGGCAAAGAAGCACGUGGAGACCAAAUUUAUCAAACUGAAUGUGGAGAAAGCCCCGUUUCUCACAGAGAGGCUGCGGAUCAAGGUUAUUCCCACCCUGGCUCUACUGAUAGAUGGUAAAACCAAGGACUAUGUUGUGGGAUUCACUGACUUGGGAAACACAGAUGAGUUUUCUACAGAGAUGCUUGAAUGGAGGCUUGGCUGCGCAGAUGUAAUUAACUACAGUGGAAAUCUCAUGGAGCCUCCUACGAUGACACAGAGGUCCGGCUCAAAGUUCACAAAAGUGGAGAAGAAAACCAUCAGAGGGAGAGGCUAUGACUCAGAUUCUGGUUCUGAAGACGACUGAAAAGCACUGCCAAACUCCUGAUUUCUUUCUCUCUCAGGGCUACCUCAUCGGCAAACAGACAGCCCUUAACUUCAUCUCUCUUUCAUUUCAGUCACCUACAGAUUUCUUCACUGUCUUCCAUAUUUCUUUGUCCAUAUCAUAAACGUUAUUAUCUUUUGUAGAUAAAAUAUGUAUUUUGUGUGUGAACUUCAUAAAUGCAUUGAUACCUUUGUUUUUGUAGUUGAAUAUAUCAAUACAUAGAAGCCUUCUACGGCUGGGCUGCACCAACAAGGAUUGAUUUAGUCUAAGAUCAGUUCUGAUCAGAUUUAAGCAAAACAAUGUUUAAAAUGAAGCAGGGCUCUGUUGCACAAUUAACAAAUAAUUCUGGUUUAGCAAAACCAAGUUUCGUAGUUUAAACCUAAAUGAUCUAAGUUAAAUGCCGCCUCAGUCUGCGUUCGGGCACAUUUAACAAGAAAUUCAGGUCUGUAUUCACAAAACAUCUUAUCUUACCACUAAGAGUACUCUUAAAUGUCACUAACUUAUACUUUUAAGAAUUUCCUCUUAAAAGCGAUUCACAAAGCUGCUGAGACCAACCUUUACCAAGGAACUUCAAGCACAUAUUUAAUUAAUUGUCAGCAGCCUCUUACACAUCUGUAUCCAGCUCUAUCACAAUCAUAAUUCUCCGGCGAUUGAGGAAAUAUCUUUUUAAAAGCUCAGUAUCAUUUAAUGCUUUAAAAAUACUGAUGUGAUUAUGAUGGAGAUUACCGGCGGCAGCCAUGCUGGGAUCCUUUCUGAGUUGGUCUUAGUGACUUAGGAGUCCUCUCGACGACUCUUACCUUGUCACAGAGUUAGGAGCUACUUGCAGUGCCAAGAUGCUUUGUGAAAUUGUCUUUGCAGAAAAAUUUAGAACUCUUAAAAUUAGGACUGAAACACCCAUUAUUUUUUAAGAGUUUCUCUUAAAUCGGCAAGUUAGGAGCUACUUUUAUCCUUAAAAUCUUUUGUGAAUACAGGCCCAGAUCAUCACUGAUCUGACUGUUAGAGGCUGUUUGCACCUGGUAUUAACAAUCUGAAUACAAGUGCAAGUGUGUACGGACGGUUUUGCCAACUUUCUAGUAUUUUUCUCCCCUAAUUUUACUGCGAUGUUCUACAUAUUUUCUUUCUUUUUUUUUUUUUUAAAUGUGUAUUUAUUAUAUAAAAUAUUUUUAUAUAAUACAAUCACUUAAAUCUGAUCCUUCACAUCAAACCAGUUUCAAAGUUUGGUGGAUCAGAGUGUAAUGGUAAACCAUGAUUUAAUCUGGUUUAAAAAUUAAUCCUUGUUGGAGCAACCCAACUUAAACGUAAAAAAAAAAAAAAAAGAUGUUUCAUUGAGCCUCUGGACUUUUUCCU